AUGGCUCUCCUCGUAGAUGUCGGUCGUGCCAAGACUGCAGUGGUCUUGUCUGUACUAGCUAUUGCUUCGUUCCACGAAGAAAAGGCGAGCGGUGAAAGCGGUACUUCGCCAGCAAGUCAAGCCGACGCGCAGUCGCAGAGCGAUAUGCUCUUCACUGAAGCGUUACGACUAACACAAGCUGAGACUGGUAUCCCAAAGCUCGAGUCAGCUCAGUGCAGGCUUAUACAGGUCCUGUACCUUCUCAUGUCAUGUCGCUUCAACCAAGCGUGGUAUACGUUUGGCCAUGCCCUACAGAUUAUCUCAGCGUUGGGUUUGCAUCGCAGAGACGAUCGCAAACGUCAAGCGAAUGCCACUAAACGCGACUACAUAGGUGAACAGUGUAGAAAGCGCACAUACUGGGUGGCAUAUACACUGGACAAAUAUCUUGGUGUCAUAUUCGGGCGGCCCAGACACUACCACGACGAAGACAUCGACCAAGGUUUUCCCGACGCUGUCAAUGACGAAGACAUGACCAGCACCGGCCCAAAUACUAAGAACACAGACGACUGUCACAUAGAAUCGCUCGUGUAUCAUGCACGGCUGGCACAAAUUGCCGAAAAGAUAUCCCGAGAGGUUUAUUCGAUCAAACCUGUACGUUUGCACACCACGCCCUUCAGCUCCACCCAUCGACUAAUCCGUUCUCAGGUGCCGGAUCAGGUCCGACUUGCAGCCUCUCAUCGCCUUGGGGCAGAGUUACGCCAGUGGAAAGCAUCGCUACCACCCUUCCUUGGCGCCGUCAACCCUAGCAGUCUUAUUCCUACGUUCCGACGGCAGGCAACCGCACUCAAAUUGUCCUACUGUCAUGCUGUAAUACUAGCCCACCGCCCAUUUCUCCUCAAGAAUGCCAGGCGUAGCAAUGUAGAGAUGACUGCUCUUGCCCAAGACAGUCUCACAGAGUGCAUUGCAGCGGCAAGAUCAGUGUUGGAAGCAGUUGAUCGUAUGGCACGAGAGGGUCGAUUGUUCCAUGCGUUUUGGUGGACUCACUACGUCUGUUUCUGUGCUUUGGUUGUGGUCUAUGUGUGGGCCAUUCAACAGAGUACACACAACUCAGCGUCAGCUGAGGAUCCUCGCGGUAUCCUAGAUCAAGCCGAGAGCUGUUUGCAGCAUCUCGCCCAGGCAACAGCAUCGAACUCGCCCUCGCGACGAUACAGCAUCAUCCUGCAGGAACUCCGCACAGAAGCAAAGAGAAAAACAGCCAUACCCCAUCGGGAGCCAGUACUAGCAUCAUCAGCUGCGGUCAAUGGCGGAAUCCCACCGCCUUUGGAUGGAGAUGCGAUACAGGAACCGGAUUUGCAAAACUGGCAGCCACUUUUUGGUAGCCCGAUGGACAUGACCACGCCAGGGUUGCAGAACUUUCUCGAUGACUGGCAGACGACUGACUGGCUUGACCUCGAUGCCUCUGCUUUCGGUCCUUUUCCCGAAGUGGACGAUAUCUCAGCCUGGGUGAACAACGCAUCGUAA